UCAAUCCCCUACUUUGCUUUCUCCAAUCUUGACCUUGCCAUUCAAACAGCUUUCUCUCAUUCUUUUCAAAAUGCGUAUGAGUUGUAAUGGAUGCCGGAUUCUUCGUAAGGGAUGCAGUGAAAAUUGUAGCAUUAGGCCAUGUUUACAAUGGAUCAAAAGCCCUGAAUCCCAGGCUAACGCUACCGUUUUUCUCGCCAAGUUUUAUGGCCGUGCCGGUCUCAUGAACCUCAUCAACGCCGGCCCCGAACACCUUCGUCCUGCUGUUUUUAGGUCAUUAUUAUACGAGGCUUGUGGGCGGAUCGUGAACCCGAUUUAUGGUUCUGUUGGGUUAUUAUGGUCCGGAAGCUGGCAGCUUUGUCAAGCCGCCGUGGAAGCUGUGUUAAAAGGUGCUCCCAUCACGCCGAUUGCUUCUGAAGCCGCCGCCAAUGUUCAGGGGCCGCCGCUAAAAGCAUACGACAUUCGUCAUGUCUCAAAAGACGAGAACUCUGCGGCCUCCAACAAUGUUCAACGAGUCAAGACUCGUUGCCGGGUUAAAAGAACUAUGAAGCCCAAGGUGGAUAACCCGGUCUUAGAGGAGGAGAACUGCGAACAACCCGAACCGCGGUGUUACGCGGAGGAAGGGUUGGAGGGAAACCGAUCGACGAGUCACGAGUCGUCGCUGAGUCACCAGUCUGAGUUGGCUGUUAUGGAUGGGGAAAGUAAAGAAACAGAGAGUAUGAUCUCAUCAGAGGAAACAGUGGGGGCUUCGCGGCUGUUUCCGGUGGUGCCGGAGGGAAGCAGUGAGAUAGGGCUGGAAUUGACGUUGGGGUUUAAGCCGGUUGUAUCACGCGGUUGUGAGGUGGUGGUGCCCGUAAAGAAGAGGAGAGUGGAGGCGUUGGAGGAUAGUCAAAGGCGUAAGGUGGAGCUGGGGCUUGACUAUCCGGCGGCUUAAGUGGCUUUUAUGUUUUAUUCCCAGUUUUGGCGGCUUGUUUCAGCUUUUGCUUAUUUACCUUUUACAUACAAGAGUUGUGGGCUUUUGUUUUUGUAAUUUCUUCUCUUUCCCCUUUAUGUAAACAGAGGGAGCACAUAGUCCCAAUGCGGUUUACAUGAAUAGAAAUGGUAAAUUUUAUAGGUGGAA